AUGGAAGUCGAGCCUCCAAGACCCACCAAGAAGCGUCAUCUAGCGGCAGAGGAGCGACAACGAGCAGUUCGCGCGUGUGAUGAGUGUCGCCGUCUCAAAGAGAAAUGUGAGGAUGGUACACCGUGUAGGCGCUGUCGCCAUCUGCGCCGACCGUGUAGAUACAAUGUUGCGCCUGCUGCAGUGGACAAACGAGGACCGGGCCUUCCUGACUCGCUCGGUGAGCUGAUGGACCGCAUGCGAUAUAUGGAAUUCAUAGUCAAACACCAAUUUCCCAAUCUCGCCAUGGAUACCGUUUCUCUACAACGCAUGUGCGAUUCCCUGUCUUCGCCGACACCACCACGCGACCAGAACGAGAUCAUCUCCGAGUCUAUCGAACCUUCGGGGAAUGUCCAAGUGUCUGACAGCCCUGAUAUUGGAGACGAGGAUUGUACCAUUGACCGAGUAGACGGCACGACAGUCCAUUACUCAGGCGAGUUCUCCCAUUGGAACUUUUCCAUGCACAUCAAGCGCAAUAUAGACGAACUUAUGGCCAAAGCCAAUGUUCAGAAUUUAGAAAACGUAACGCGAGUACCGGAUUUCAUUCGCGUUGGUGAGGCAGAUCCAACUUCAACUUCCAUCUCGGACAUCCUUGCUGUUAUGCCACCCCGUCCUGUUGCCACCUUCUUGACCAAUGUCUUCUUCAAUCAUGCCACCAGCGUCUACUACUAUGUAGACCGAUGCUGGUUUGAUGAAACCCUAGACAACAUAUACACUAAACCCGUUUCGCUACGCUCCAAGGAUGUUACUGCAAUAUGUGUAGUACUGAUGGUGCUAGCUGUCGGAACCCAAUAUGUCCAUUUAGAAUCGCCAGAUCGUCAUAAGACUUCCAGCACGGGCACUGCAACAGACUCUGAAGUUCAAAGCAGUUGGGAGCUCGAAAUUGGAUCCGGCUUUUACCGUCAAGUGGCAAAGCUACUUUCGGAAGUCAUCCAUGCUGGUUCGCUGCUCAGCGUCCAGGUACUCUUGCUUCUCGGCCUAUAUUCCUUACCCAUUGAUGCAUCUGGGCUGAGUUACAUCUAUCUAAACUUAGCUAUCAAGGUGGCCAUACAGAACGGAAUGCAUCGAAAGGUUUCGCGCAACGUCCUCGACCCGAGAACCAAGGAGAUCAGGCGUCGUAUUUGGUGGACAGUGUACUGCAUGGAAAGGCAUGCUGAAGCAUUCCUCCACGAAAUAUCAUGUCUCCGAAAAUGUGCAAACGCCGAAGUCGGGGCGAUCCUGAACCGUAUCAAGCGCAUGAAGGCAGAUUUGCGAGGGCCUUGGUCACCUCCUCAUGGGGGUGCAUUAUUGCCAACCCCAUACCACCAGAAAGAGCUACCAAAAAACCGCGCGUUAAUUCAUACUCGACUGGAGUGUUGCCUGUUGCACAUGUUCAUCGGACGACCCUUCAUCCUUGCGCACCGUCACGCGCGGACCAAUGACGGCAAUGCCGCAUCCCCAGAAGUACGCCGGAGGAAAGCAGCAGAGUCCCACUCACAGUGGGACUUCUUGGUCCAUGACUGCGUUGCGGCUGCGAAGGAAGUUAUCAGUAUAUGCCAAAUCAUGCAGACGGGCAAUAUGGGCCUUGCAAAGUCGUCCUAUGCCGAGUAUAGUUCCUGCCGCGCGUCCUUGCUGGUCUUGAUCGCCUAUAGCAUAUGUUACCGUACGAACGAGUUCGCAAGCACCCUACAAGUAGGUCUGCAAGCGAUAAGAGAAAUGGCUUCUGCGGGCGAUUCUGCGCGUUCAGAAGUGUCGCUCCUAGAGACACUGGAAGCGGCGCUGCAUCGACUUAACGUGUUCAAUCCAUUACCAAGUAAACCUGUGGCCACGGAAGCCAACGAUCCGGCUGAAGAGGGCUACAACGGUCUUCUCAACUGGUACAAGAAAGCGGAAAGGUCCCCGAACCCUCGUUUUGGGUCUUUAGCAUCCGAACAUGCAAAUGCACAAGCAGCGACGGUGCAAGGCCCAAGGGUGACACCAAACAGAGCCGAUGCAACAGUGGAUAGCAUGCCAAGCGACAUAUCUCUUGAUGGAUAUCCGUUCGAUUUCGAUCUACUCAACUCGGAUGGAAGCGUGGCGUUCUUCACCUCGAACUUUGAUGACCAUGGUAACACAGAGAGGGAGUUCUUCGAGAGCCUUUCAUGGCUACCGAAAUGA